CCAUGAGCACCUUGAGGAUUUUCCCCACCCCAAGAGCAUCAAACACGUCCUGGAGAUCUCAAGGUUCCCCAGAUGAGCGCCAUGGAGAGCAAGGAGAACCCAAAUUUAGGCAGCAAGGACAUCCUGAGUGUCCAGGGACCCCCCCACAAGGGGACACUCCCCAACUUCUGAGCACUAUGGAGACCUCGAGGAUUUCCUCCCACCAUGAGCACCUCAAGGAUUUUCCCCACCCCAAGAGCAUCAAACACGUCCUGGAGAUCUCAAGGAGUGCCGUGGAGAACCCAAAUUUAGGCACCAAGGACAUCCUGAGUGUCCAGAGACCCCUCCAAGGGUUCACUCCCCACCCCCUGAGCACCACAGAGACCUCGAGGAUUUCCCCCCACCAUGAGCACCUUGAGGAUUUUCCCCACCCCAAGAGCAUCAAACACGCCCUGGAGAUCUCAAGGAGCACCAUGGAGAACCCAAAUUUAGGCAGCAAGGACAUCCUGGGUGUCCAGAGACCCCCCCAGGGGACACCCCCAUCCCCUGAGCACCUGGAGACCUCGAGGAUUUCCCCCCACCAUGAGCACCUCAAGGAUUUCCCCACCCCAAGAGCAUCAAACACGUCCUGGAGAUCUCAAGGUGCCCCAGAUGAGCGCCAUGGAGAGCAAGGAGAACCCAAAUUUAGGCACCAAGGACAUCCUGGGUGUCCAGAGACCCCCCCACAAGGGGACACACGUCCUGGAGAUCUCAAGGUUCCCCAGAUGAGCACCAUGGAGAACCCAAAUUUAGGCACCAAGGACAUCCUGGGUGUUCAGGAUGGAGGGAAUCACACCUGGAGACCCCUCCCCAAGGGGACACCCCCCACCCCCAUGAGCACCGUGGAGACCCCAGACCCCCCCUCCACGGCCACUGAGGACACACCCCGGACACUUGGACACCUGGACACCCUCACCUGGGCAUGCUGAGGACUCCUCCAGGUGCUCCAGGGCACUGGAGAGCCUGGAGACCCCUCCCCAGCACACUGUGGACACACCUGGGACCCCCCCAGGGACCCCAGACCCCACCACUCCGGCGGUGGCCGGACCACCUGGAGCGGUGCCCCCCCCUCACCUGAUCCAGGUGUGUCCAGGUGGGGACUGUGCCCCUCCCUCACCUGAUCCAGAUGUGUCCAGGUGGGGGCUGUGCCCCUCCCUCACCUGAUCCAGGUGUGUCCAGGUGGGGGCUGUGCCCCCCCCUCACCUGAUCCAGGUGUGUCCAGGUGGGAGCUGUGCCCUUCCCUCAUCUGAUCCAGAUGUGUGCAGGUGGGAGCUGUGCCCCUCCCUCACCUGAUCCAGGUGUGUCCAGGUGGGGGCUGUGCCCUUCCCUCACCUGAUCCAGAUGUGUCCAGCUGGGAGCUGUGCCCUUCCCUCAUCUGAUCCAGAUGUGUGCAGGUGGGAGCUGUGCCCUUCCCUCACCUGAUCCAGGUGUGUCCAGGUGGGGGCUGUGCCCCUCCCUCAGCUGAUCCAGGUGUGUCCAGGUGGGGGCUGUGCCCCCCAAUUCCCUCCAUCCAGGACUCAGGGGAGGGGGCAGGGGGCGUCUUCUCGCUCUCUCCUUCUUUCCAUGUUUUUUUUUUUCCUUAAUUUUCUGGGGGAGGAAUUUUUUGGGGGAAGAAAGAACAAAAAUAAGGAUUAAUUAAUCAUGUGUUUAAUUAGAUGUGUUGCCCGUUGUCAGGUAAGGAGGGGCGUGGUGGCGCCUCAGGAGCCACGGACCCAAAUCCAUCUAUUUUUAUAGCAGAAUAUUAAAAAUAUCCCCCCCAAAACCCCCCAAAAUCGCCUUUGCAGAGGGGGUGAGAGCCUCUUUUGUGCUCCCCAAGUUCCUCAGAAGCAGCUUGUGAACCCCAAGAGUGAUCAAGGCAAGUUUUGGGGGGUUUAAAAUUCCAGGGAUUCCUCUGGUACCCCCAAAACUGGGAGGGAGGGGAGGUGUCUUGCCACACUUCCCCCCCCUCCCUUCCCAAAUUCUCCAAAAUGGGCAUUUUUUGCCCCAAAUUGCUCCACUUGCUGGAGCUUUGGCCACUUGGAGCCUCCUGUCCAAAUAAAAAAAAAAAAAAAAGGGCGGAACCCCACCUCAAAAACCCUGAGUUCCCCCGUACUCCUCAUCAUUGUUCUUCUUCUUAAUUAUUCUUAAUUAUUCUUAAUUAUUAUUGAUGUUGCUAUUAUUAUUAUUGUUAUUAUUAUUAUUAUUGUUAUUAUUAUUAUUAUUGCAAUUCUUAUUUAUUUUCCCUUCGCCGUCGGGAUAAUUUCUCACUUUUCAGUGAUUUAUUUCCAAUUUAUUUCCUAUUCUUCCCUGCUUUUCCCUAAUCCUGGUACUCCCUCUUUUUCCCCUUCCCCAAAUCCACCCCAGCUCCUGGUUUUUUUGUGUCGUGCCUGUGUGAAGCUUCUUGUAGUUUUAAUUAUUAUUAAUAUAAAUAUUUAGGAGCGACCCCGUGUCCAGAUCCGCCAUCACCCUCCCCCAAACUCUGACCCCCACCCCCUCUUCCAGCAAUGGAAUUUUGGGGAGGGGGGCCAGGGGACCCCCAAUUCUGUAGCAAUAAGGGGUCCCCACCUCAGCCCCGGCCCGUUUUUGGGGGGCCCAAAUUAGGGGACAAAAAAAGGUGCCCGGGGACCCCCCCUGCGGCACCGCGGGACCCCUCGGAGGGCACCGGGACUGCCCCGGCCCUCAGCCCUGGACUCGACUCUUUGUAUUUUUCAUGGAAAAAUUAAAAAAAAAAAAAACAAUUAAAAAAAAAAUUUAAAAGGCA